GUGAUGGUGAUGACGAGGUGAAAAUGGCGGAUCUUUCGAAAUACAAUCCCGGCCCCUGACAUACCAGAGGCGGCGGCAGCGGCGGCGUCGCCGCCCCGGCUCCCUCCUCGGCCCCGCUGGUCCCCUGUAGCGCUCCAGUUUGGGCAAACUGGGAAAGGAAGCAACUGGACAGACCGUGCACAGGCAAAACAAGCACCUCCCGGGCUCAGAAUUGCCCGGGACCUUCUGGAGCCCCCACCUCGGAGCCGGAGGGAGGAGAAAGCGGCAGCCGCCGGAGCACCUGAUCAGCUUUCUAGCAGAAGAACGAUCAUGGAGGUGGUGCCAGCUGAGGUGAAUAGUUUGCUUCCAGAGGAGAUAAUGGACACUGGUAUAACUUUAGUGGAUGAUGAUAGUAUUGAGGCUGUUAUUGUUUCAUCCCCAAUUCCCAUGGAGACAGAACUGGAAGAAAUUGUCAACAUAAAUUCUACUGGUGACUCUACAACCACGCCCAUUUCCACGGAACCAGUCACAGUGUACAGUAACCACACUAACCAAGUUGCAGUGAAUACCACAAUUACUAAAGCAGAUUCUAAUACCACAGUGAAACCAGCUUUUCCAAGUGGCCUUCAAAAACUUGGUGCUCAGACUCCUGUGACUAUAUCAGCCAAUCAGAUUAUUUUAAACAAAGUAUCACAGACAUCUGACCUUAAACUUGGCAAUCAGACCCUUAAACCAGAUGGACAGAAGUUAAUUUUAACAACUUUGGGCAAGUCUGGUUCACCAAUUGUUUUAGCACUACCCCAUAGCCAACUACCCCAGGCUCAGAAAGUUACAACUCAGGCCCAGUCAGGAGAUGCUAAGUUACCACCGCAGCAAAUUAAAGUAGUUACCAUUGGAGGGAGGCCAGAGGUGAAACCUGUCAUUGGUGUCUCAGCAUUGACCCCAGGAAGUCAACUGAUUAAUACUACAACUCAGCCCUCUGUGUUACAGACCCAACAGUUAAAAACAGUACAGAUUGCUAAGAAGCCUCGAACACCAACCUCUGGUCCGGUAAUCACGAAGCUGAUCUUUGCAAAACCAAUUAAUAGUAAAGCAGUUACAGGACAGACAACUCAAGUAUCACCACCAGUCAUUGCAGGUAGGGUUCUUUCACAGUCUACUCCUGGGACUCCAUCAAAGACCAUAACAAUAUCUGAAAGUGGUGUUAUUGGAUCAACUUUAAAUUCUACAACACAGACACCAAAUAAAAUAGCCAUCUCACCUUUGAAGUCGCCAAAUAAGGCAGUGAAAUCAACUGUGCAAACCAUCACUGUUGGAGGCGUGAGCACAUCACAGUUUAAGACAAUUAUUCCUCUGGCAACUGCUCCCAAUGUCCAGCAGAUUCAAGUGCCUGGAAGCAAGUUUCAUUAUGUCCGGCUUGUUACUGCCACAACAGCCAGCAGCUCAACCCAGCCAGUCAGUCAGAAUCCCAGUACAAACACUCAGCCUCUUCAGCAAGCAAAGCCAGUGGUGGUUAAUACCACUCCAGUGCGGAUGUCAGUUCCAAUUGUCUCAGCACAGACUGUCAAACAAGUUGUUCCAAAACCAAUCAAUCCAACUUCACAAAUAGUUACUACCAGCCAACCACAGCAGCGGCUCAUCAUGCCUGCCACUCCACUGCCACAGAUCCAGCCAAACCUCACCAACCUGCCACCAGGCACUGUGCUGGCACCGGCUCCAGGAACAGGGAAUGUGGGUUAUGCAGUGCUUCCGGCACAGUAUGUUACUCAGCUGCAACAAUCUUCAUAUGUGUCUAUAGCAAGCAAUUCUAACUUCACGGGCACACCUGGUAUCCAGACCCAGGCAAGACUUCCAUUCAAUGGCAUAAUCCCAUCAGAGUCUGCCAGUCGGCCCAGAAAACCCUGUAAUUGUACAAAGUCGCUGUGUCUGAAGUUAUACUGUGAUUGCUUUGCAAAUGGUGAAUUUUGCAAUAAUUGCAAUUGUACUAAUUGUUAUAACAAUUUGGAACAUGAAAAUGAAAGGCAAAAAGCAAUAAAGGCAUGCCUUGACAGAAAUCCAGAAGCAUUUAAGCCUAAAAUUGGAAAAGGAAAGGAGGGAGAAUCAGAUCGACGUCACAGCAAAGGAUGUAAUUGCAAACGAUCAGGAUGUCUUAAAAACUACUGUGAAUGCUAUGAGGCAAAAAUAAUGUGUUCCUCAAUAUGCAAAUGUAUUGGCUGUAAAAAUUUUGAAGAAAGCCCAGAAAGAAAGACAUUGAUGCACUUGGCAGAUGCUGCUGAAGUGAGGGUCCAGCAACAAACAGCAGCGAAGACAAAGUUAUCCUCUCAAAUUUCGGACUUGCUCACUAGGCCAACACCAGCUUUGACUAGCGGAGGAGGAAAAUUGCCAUUUACUUUUGUAACUAAGGAAGUAGCUGAAGCCACGUGUAAUUGCCUUCUUGCCCAGGCUGAGCAGGCAGACAAGAAAGGAAAAUCAAAAGCAGCAGCAGAACGGAUGAUACUCGAGGAAUUCGGACGAUGUUUGAUGAGCGUCAUCAAUUCUGCAGGAAAAGCAAAAAGUGACCCUUGUGCCAUGAAUUGCUAACUCUUGCACAAAAGACUGACAAAUGGAACUGUACAGAAAUUUAAGGUGCAGGGACACUUGAUUUUCUGGAAGAUAGUUUAACAAUUAUUGUAUUGUUAAUUCAGUCCUUGUGAGGCCUGAAAUUAUAAUAUUGAAAGAGAAGAAAUUUUAAAUGAAGAAGUUAGUACAUUUAAAAUCUUAGUUAAAUUUGCUUAUGCCCCUUUUAAAUUGAAUUUUACUUUAUGUAUUAUAUAGAUUUUUAAUUUGCUUGGGUUUCUUAAGAAUUAAGAUGUUCUAUCCUUCUGAUUCUAUUGACAAAGAACAUUUAUAAACUACUAUAAUUUAUAAUGUAUGGUGUUGUAUGGCUUUGUUCCAGUAGAAAACCCCAAAGAAGCAUUGGUAUUACCCAGUGAUCCUUUGGUAUUUGACCUAUAAUAUGAGCAGGUAGAAGGUCUACAUAAAUUCUUAUGAAACAUUCAAAUGGCAUUUUGUGUUUAGUAAAGCACUAUCUUUUUAAGAAAAAUCAAUUUUUUAGAGUGAUUCUCAAUAUCUUGUCACUUUGGGAAUGCAGAGAAGUAUCCGUAAGCACACUUUUAAAAGUCAUUUUGAUUUUUUAAAAACAAAAAAUGUUAAAGAACAAAAAAAUUCUCAGUGGGCAGUAAGUUUCUGUAAUAAGUUCUGACUAAGAAAUGCUCUAGGAUGUUUUCAUUUUCUUUCAAGGAGGUGGUAUGUAUUUGAAAUAAUAAAUUGUGAAAGUGAUUACUGGGUACUGUUAAAAUGAGAGGUACAUAUUAGUAGUAGUAGCUUUAUUAUAUCAGGUAUCAAAUUUGGCUUGGAUGGGGAAAUAAAGAAUUUUGAAGCUCUAAGAAAUGAAUUUAGGGGAGAAUUUUUCAUCCUUACAAAGUUCUCAUUAUAGAAUCUUGAAACCAAUGUGUAACUCUUGAUGUACUGAAAUGGGCCUUCUAACAUAGCUUUCAAAAUUGUACCAGGGAUUUUUUUAUAAGGGAAGCUUAAUAUGGCACUAUUUCUGCCAGUGAUUUGAUGAGCUGAAGGUAUGAGUGUUUUCAAAUAAUUACUAAAACCACUGAAACCAUUUUCAGUAAUUCAAAAUUCAAAGCUUUGUGAAUUUAAGAGCCUAUAAUAGGACUCUAAACUUUCACAAGGAAAAAAACCAUGUUGAAAUUCAGGCAUUUUGUUAGGUACCUAAUCCUCAGUAAUUACUAGUAGAUGAUUAUUAUUGCAUUUCCUACAAGGAAUCUAUAGUUGUAUGUAUUACGUGUGUACAUAUGUUCAUAUGAACAGCAAGAUGUAGGCAAUAGAAAUUAAGUAAUCCAAAAGAGGAUUCCGUUAUUCAUUAAAGUAUCUUUUGAAAUUUGGAUUUAUAAAAUUCCAGUGCAGUAACUUUAAAUGUAGAUAGUGCAGACACUCUUAGCACCUCAUCUAGUAUGUUUAAUUAAAAUUUGUAUAAAUGUAAAUUAGUGUAAGAGGAUAAAAUAAUAUCUAAUCAAGUUAUUUUUCAAAAGAUUACAAUACCUUUUUGGUCUAAACCUAAACUUUGUUCAUUUUGUACAUAUCCUGUGUUUAAUUCUAAUUGCACCUUUGUGAUGUGUAUUUAUAUAUACAGUGUGCAGAAAAUGUUUGUGAAUUUGGAUUACACUUGUAGAUUAUGUAUGAUGGCACUGCUUGAGAAUGUUUUGCUUGUAAAAAUUUGAAGGUGCAAUCAAAUGCUACUAGUUUUUCUGAUUAUCAAGAAGCUAUCUAAAGUAUUAAGUGUUUUCCUUCCUGUGUAGUUCUAAACAUUUUGUAUUUAGGCAUUUGCAUCAAAUUGCUGAACAAGAUUAAUAUCCACAUUAACGCAACAAUUUUAAAAGACUAUUGGGGAGGUUGGGUAUAUAAUUUUUUAGCUCUAUUUACAUCCCAAAGUAGAACGUUUAUAUUUACUAGAGCUAUUCAAAGAAUACACUUUUCUAUAUUGUACAAACAGGACAGCAAAUUAAAUCAUACAGAAAAUAAACAUUUAUAC